GUGUUCGAAUUUGCUUUGCGAGUGGUCGCGUCGCAUUAAUUCAGUUUUAUUUUAGUUUUUCUAAGUGCUACACGAUGACGAAAAGGAAGAAUAAACCGUUAAUAGAUUCAGAUUCUAGCAGCGAGUGUUCAGAUUUUGAUUCCCAAUUCCUGAACCUCGCAAAAAAGAAGAAGAAAGGUGAUUCACCACCACCCGCGAAAGCUAAGUCGAAGUCAUCAGGCAGUGAAUCGGAUUGGGAUGAUAAUGACAAGAAAGAGGCCAAAUCGUCAUCAUCUUCGGGCUCAGAAUCCGACAGCGAUGUAGGCAGUGACGUUUCAAAUAAAAGGGAACAGCAACGCACUUCCCGGAAGGCUUCCUCGGAGCACUCAGAUGAUAACAGAAAAAAACCAGAGCCUAAGAAGACAGAAAUUAGGAAAAGCACCGACAGCAAUGGAUAUGGGAAAAAGAAAGAUUCAUUCAGUGAACCUGAAGAAGGUGAAGUGUCAUCACACUCUUCAGACAACGAUUCUAUUGACUCAGAACAAGAAUUUGAUGAUGGAUAUGAUGAGAAUCUUAUGGGCGAUGAAGAGGACAGGGCGCGUCUUGCCGCCAUGUCAGAGAAAGAGAGGGAACAAGAAAUAUUCAAAAGAAUAGAGAAGAGAGAUCUCAUGAAAACUAGAUGGGAGAUAGAGCGCAAACUUCGUUUGGCUCGACGUUCAGCGGCGGAACGUUCCGCGUCGCCGGGAGAGAUAGCGCGCCGACGUGAAGCCAGAAAGAGACGCAAAGCUCUCAGGGACAGCAGGCAGAGGGAGAGGGAGAGAGAGCGGGAGCGGGAGCGGGACAGGGAGAGGGAGAGGGAGAGAGAUCGACAACAAGUGGAGAGCAGAGCCGAAGCCGAAGAAGAAAAACAAGAAGAGCCAGAAAAAGAGAAAGAGAAAACACCACCGAGUCCUGGAGAAAUCCUGGACGACCCUAAAGAUGCAGAAGCUUCAGAGCGUUCCGCUUCGCCUCUGUUCGGGGCUAAAACGGAACGCAAGCGGAACGUGGACGACCGCAGGCAGAACGCCAUGGCGGCCCUUCGCGCCCAGCGCGACGCCAAGGCCACCAGGGUCGAGCACAUCAAGCAGAAGCGCAGGCUCGAGGAGGAGAAGAACAAGGACAAGGAGGAGGACGACGAUGCUGACGCUGAAAUUAUAGGUGGCACGAGCAAGCAAAGUGUCAAACUCAAAGCAUCUGACAUUUACUCUGAUGAUUCCGGUUCAGAAUCUGAAGACAAUAAGUCGACUGGGCGAAAAAGCGCGUCGUCUUCCUCCUCGUCAGAGGGAGAAGAGGAAGAGAAGAAGAGGGAGGAGGUGGAAGUGAAAUAUGCAGACUCUAGGGAUCAAAUAAAUAAACUUCGACUCAGCAGGUUCAAAUUGGAGAGGCUGGUUCACCUUCCGUUCUUCGCGCGCGUCGUCACCGGAUGCUUCGUCAGGAUCGGCAUCGGGAACAAUAACGGCAACCCAGUAUACAGGGUGGCUGAAAUCAUAGAUGUGUACGAAACUGCCAAGAUAUAUAAUUUGGGUAACACUAGGACUAAUAAAGGGCUCAAGUUAAGGCACGGCACCCAGGAUAGAGUGUUCCGUUUGGAGUUUGUCAGCAAUCAGGAAUUCACCGACGGCGAGUUUCAGAAAUGGCAUAAAGCAAUAAAAGACGCUAACAAAAGACCGCCCACCAUGGAAUAUGUGAGGAACAAGAUAGCCGAAGUUCGAGACGCAUUGAUGUAUGAAUUCAAGGAGGAAGACAUAGAAAAAAUUGUAGCUGAGAAAGAGAGGUUCCGUUCCCAUCCCACCAAUUAUGCCAUGAAGAAGACUCAACUGAUGAAAGAGAGAGACGUAGCGCAACUCAGAGGUGAUGAUGAACUGGUGAUGGAUUUGAACGCUAAAAUACAGGAGUUGGAAGAGCGAGCGAACCAUUUAGAUAAAACCAGGACCUCAUCGAUACAAAGUAUAUCGUACAUCAACAACAGAAACAGGAAACUCAAUGUGGAGACAGCGGAGAAGGCCAUAAUGGAGGAGGUAAAAGCGAAUAAGGGUAAGAAAGCAGACGAUCCAUUCACUAGACGUCACACGAAACCAGUGAUGAACUUCAACAAAGCUCAGGGCAACAGGAGUCAGGAGCUACAAAGAACAGAAGAAGCCGCUGCUGAAGCACAGAAACUGAGAGAAGAAGAAGAGCAGGCGAUCAAGGAGAGACAAGAGAAAGAAAGACUUACCGUGGUGCAGGAAACUGAGAAAUGUCCAAAGACAAAACCCACCGAAUCCGCCAGCCUCUACAGCUUACAUGACUUCGAUAUCAGCAUCGAUCUAGAUCUGCCCAUGCCCAAAGUAGCCAACUCCCAACCGAAGCAGGUGACGACUAAAGUGAGAGAGACUGGCCCGAAACGUUCGCUGAACCUCGAGGAAUACAAAAAACGCCACGGGCUCAUAUGAGUGUUGUGUGCCAGUGACACAGUGAAGUGUUUGUGAUAAUUAUAUUGUGAAGUGUUAGUGCGAUGGAACAUUGAAAUGAAGAUAUCAUUGACCGUAUGACGUCGAUGAAAUGCUGACGAUUUAACGUAAGAUAUUUUGAGUUUAUUUAAAGAUGAACGGUGUCGAAUGUGAAUUUGGCUGCGAUUAAUAUGGAUACUGUAACUGUUUACAAUUUCUAUAGAAGCACCUCAGUACCCCGACAGUAACAUUAUAUGUUUUAUUUCAGUAUUGUUGUUUUUUUUUUGGAUUGUCAAUCUUAUUACAUUCUAAUGUUUUAAACGUACUUAUAUGUAUACAAUGAUUUUUAUAUUUAUUUAUUGUAAUUUUACUCAACAUAAAUCUAAAUUUCACAGCAAAAAAAUUGUAGAUGCGUCAUUUGUUGCUCUUUGGUUGGGCCUGUAUAUUAAAAAAAUAUAUCUAUGCAAAAAUACAAAUUUAGAGCUGUGUAAUUAAAUAAUUACUUAGUAAUUAAUACUUUAUCCAAUCACAGCAAAGUUUUUAUUUCUUUGAAUUAUAUCUCCUAUGCCUGCAAUAUUACUAAUGUAACAAUUUAUUAAAAACAUUAAUUGAUACAAACAUAAGAAAUAUUUUGGUAUGAACUUAUAAGGGUCGGUGCAACUCUAACGGAAGAUCCGUCAAGUCUAUCACGGAAGUACGCGACAGAUCAUCUGUCGAUUGUAAGGUUGAAUGUUAUGUCAUAUUUUUCGUCAGGUGCCUUCCGACCCUUAAAAGCAAUGCACAUACCUAUUAUAACUUUGUACAUCACAAAUUAAAUG